UGCUCAACGCUGAUAUGCCUAUUUCAAAGGCAAGUCGCCGAAAAGUUGAAACUUGGUCAAUCUGUCGAGCCCGAAACAUUUGAAAGCGUGACUGUGUUUUUCUCGGACGUGGUUUCGUUCACAACCCUUGCUGCAAAGUGUAAUCCUAUGCAGGUAGUUGGUCUGCUGAACGACCUAUAUACUAUAUUUGAUGGCAUCAUUGAUGUUCAUGAUGUUUACAAAGUGGAAACGAUAGGCGAUGGAUACCUCUGUGUAAGUGGACUCCCUCAUAGGAAUGGACAGCAGCACAUAAAAGAAAUAUGUAGCAUGUCACUCGGAUUCAUAAACAGCCUCAAGAGUUUUAGAAUACCUCACUUGCCUCAGCAAGGCGUUAACUUGAGGAUAGGAAUGCACACA